AUGCAACAACCAUUUGGAGAGUCACCAUGCCAACAGUGGAGGAUUGCUUUCAUCUAUGCUUUUGCAACUAUCUUUAACUCUCAACAAUCAAUAGCACCUUCACUCUUUAAACUACCGGAUUUUACACCUGAUCAAUUAGAAGUAGAACUUCAAAAGGAAGACAGUCAACUUGUACAUAACAUCAUCUGCUCUUGUCUUGGAAACAUAUUUAAUAGAAAAAAUCCCGUAGAAUCAUAUACCAAAUCACUUCAAGAUAUUGUCACUGAAAAGAUAAAAACAAUGGAUAUAGAGUUGGAAAAGAACCCCUUGUCAAAUCAAAAGUUUAAUACGUUAUCUGCAGAUUUAAAAUUACUCAUCUUAUAUUCUAUGGUCGAAUGGCAGCUACAGGAUAGUCAAGCAGUUCGAUUGAUCAUAGAUUACUAUAGCACAAAGAGAAGCCAGCAUAAUCCGAUUGAGGUUCGUCCUAUUGGCAUAGACAAAGAGAAAAGCACCUAUUGGCAGUUUGGUGACUCACCUUAUAUUUGGAAAGUAAAAAACAAAAAGAAAGAAUGGACAUUAGGUAAAUAUGAUGAUGAAGUUGAUGAAAUAUUGAUCAAAUCAGUAUGUAAGGAUCGUCAAACGAUGGAAGCAUGGAUAAGUACAUUAUCGACCACACAUCGAGCAGAAAAGGCAUUAUUUAAGUAUGUUGACGAGCAUGUGUAUCCGCUAAUAGAAAAGCAAGAGAAACGAAAGGCUAAACUGGAACGAGAAAAAUGGAAGAAGCUGAAUCCGGUUGAACCAGUGACGACGCGAUCGUAUACGAGAAAGAGAGAACGAGUGAAUUACAAUUAUGACGAAAUCUAUACAGAGCAAGACUUUGAUGAAUAUCUUCCAGAGUCUUCUUCUAGAUCACCAUCACCUGAUCGAUUGGCAAAAAAACCUACGAGAUCAAGCAAUAGACUCAAAGGGGCUCUUGAUGCUUGA